AUGGCAACAACAGCGAACCCGCCACCCGGCGCUUUUGCCGUGGAGGACCACAAUGGCUCGGAUCCCUUCGUGACGAGCUCGCACGACCCACAGCGGCAGCGAUACUCCGCCUUCGACAAGUCGCAGUUCUCUCUGUACCUAAAUGGAUCUCCGGCGCAAGCAAAGCGGGCGCUCCAGGCCCAUCUCGCCGAGACAACACGCAGGCUGCAAGAGACGUCACACCUGGGCAAUUCACUUGUCCAGCAGCGCAAGGAACUGGAGGAGAAGCUGAAGGAGGUCGAGAAACAAGAGGAGGAUACCGACAUCGGACCGGAGCUGCGCCAGAGGCUGGCUGAGCUCGAGAAGGAAUUCAACGAGGUCGGAAGGGAGACGGCUCGCGCAUUUCUCCCAAAGUCCAGGGUGCCAAGCGGUGAGGCGGCCGAUUCAACAGCUGGUGCUUCAGUGUAUUCCAGCGAAGCCCAUCACUCCCCCUCCAAAGUCAGCGUUCCCCGGAUAAACGACAUUGCUCUUGCCACCGAGAUAUCCACCUCUCUGCUUGCACAGCUGAAGGACCUGCAGGCUGUCCUUUCGGAGAAGGAUGAAGCACUCAAAGCCGCGAACCUGGACAGGUCACAACUCGAAAUUGAGGUGGAGGGUCUCUCUCAGCGCUUGCGGACUAUAGAUGAGAGCGAAUCCAGGCUCAAGGAUGUCAACUGGAACCUAGAAACCCAGGUGCGCGAUUUCGAAGCACAGUCCAGGGCAGCCGCGGACAAGGAGCAUCGCAUGAACAACAAUCUCAAUCUCGUCAAAUCCGAAAAGGCCGCACUGGAACGGGAAUUUGAAGAGCUGAAGCAGUUGUACUCCAAGCUCAGCGAGGACCACGUCACCCACACAAAACAGCACGAGACAGAACUGUCCGGCCUGCGGCGCAAUGUCAGCAUGGGAGAGUCCGAGAGGGCUACGCAAAACCAAGAGCUUGCACGAGCUGUUGCGUAUCGCAUGCGGGGCGAAGACCACGCGUCUGCCGAGGAUACUUCGCCAGAUGAAGGCGCCGAUCAGGACGACACCAUCACACCUGAGCAUUCACCGCCGCCGUCUCCUAGCAAAGCUACUCCGCGACACGGCCAGCUGGAGUCUGAGACGCUCAAGCAUUCGCUUCAUCAUGCCCACCGCAUGAUUCAGCAGCUCAAGAACAACAUCCACCAUGCCCGUGACGAGCUGGAAUCGAACCGCAGCGCCCUUAAUGGUCCUGGAAACGUAUUCAAGAAACCUGCGCGUCCAGAUCGACUUGGUGCUCUGAGAGCCGGAACUCAAGAGGUCAUCGUGGACGAUGAGGACCGGCGACCUCGACAAGUAGACGUAGUUCCUGGAGCGUUCCCCAGCGGAUUUAGCUCGGCCGCAGAAACGAGUGCCAAUGAGGGUUUCGAGACCGCCAACGAAACCUCCGAUGCUGCUUUCGAAACCGCUAAUGAGCGCGACGGGACUACGACGGAGACCGACGCUUUCCAGACUGGAGCCGAGACGCUGGAUGGCGACAGCAGUGAUGAACUUACCGAAACUGAAGCCGGACCAUCCACCGGAACAGUUCGUCAAAGGCCGUCCUCCCUAGCGACCAGCCACCGUGACUCAUAUGAGAGUACUGCAUCUACAUCCGGGGAUGAAUGGGACGACAAUAUGGACAUCAAGACACCUGUCCGAUCAGGCGCCUACCGGAGGUCCACUCCGCGAGCCAGCCAGGAGGCCUAUGCAGAUACUCCUCCAGUUGCGAACGACUCUCCUGCCAGCUUCGUUAGCAACAGCAAUAACAGUACUCCAGCUCAAGGCAAGAGCUUGUUUGCGGAGUUGGGCGCUUUGAGUGCAGGGGAGAGCGAAGAUGGAAGUGUUGCAGAUGGGACACCGAGCCGGUCUACUAUACUGAAGCCUGCUCUCGGAAGAUCACCCCUUCAGUCGGUGGUACUCCCUAGACCAGCGAUGGUGGAUUCAAGUAUGAUGACAGAGCCUUGGGAGCCAGCUCCAGUUGUUGUUGAGAUUCCGCCGAUGGUGAUGUCUUCGAUCUCGGCUCAAGACAGUCAACCAAUAUCCCCCGGCACGGCACCUCAAUCACCCCCUCCACCAGCUCUUCAUAUUUCUUCGCUCUCAUCGCAAGAUACCGUACCGCAGUCCCUGCCCCUGCCUUCGCUUCAGAUGUCAAACUUGUCAGCACAGGGUACGGUACCUCAAUCGCAACCUCACACUGCUCCUCAAUCUGCACCCCCUCCUGCACUGCACAUGUCUGCGGUUUCCGCGCAAGGGACUACUCCUCAUUCUCCUCCUAUGGCUCUAGGAAUGUCCUCAUUCGCUACACAGGCUACUGAACCUACGUCUCCUGUCAUCGAGAGGGUUGCACCCCCGUCACUUGCGGUCUCAUCCAUAUCACACCAGACAACUGAGCCCACAGAGCCCCAUCUUCCUCCGCUCAGCAUAUCACGGCUGUUCUCCCAGUCCGCGGAGCCUGUGGAUGUGCCUCGACCGGCUGCUCCGCAGCUCUCUUCACUUUGGUCUCAGGCCACAGAGCCAGUCGAGAUGCCCAAGCCGGCUGUUCCACAUUACUCUUCGGUGUGGUCUCAAGCUACGGAGCCCAUCACAUCAAGACCACCGCGCUCGCAGUUCUCGGCCCUCACAUCUCAGGCCACGGAACCGCUGCAGCUGCCAAGGCCCCUUCCACCACAGCUCUCUCCGUCAAGGCAAAUGCCGUCGGAAGUCUCAGCAAUCACUACCCAGCACACCGAGCCGUAUGAGGCUCCUGCGGCAAUUCGACCCCAACAUAGGUUCUCGGAUGUCACAAUCCUUCAGGACACGCAACCAGAGUCACCCACGCUCCCUUCGUUCCUGCCAAGUCCGAGCAGACCGCCCACAGCUCACCGCGUUGCGCCUCCGCCGUUGUCGUUGUCGACUAUCGCAUCACAAGAGACAGAGCCAUCAGUGCCUUCAAGGCCAUCGACCGCACACCGUGUCGGCCCUGCUCCGUUCGCCCUGUCUAUAGGCGGAACUCAAACCGAGCAAUCUGAUGCCACAAAACGCGGGUUUUUUAGCUCUGUGCUCCCCUGGAGCAAGACUACGUCCGAGAAGGACAUCCCAGCGGACGAAGUCCCUCCUGCCAGCCGAGAAGGUCGCAUGCCACUGGCACUGAUUGCUUCCAAUGUGGUACAGAAUGAACGUGGCCUCAGUGAUGGUCGAUCAUCACCCUCAAAGCCUGGAAUACCAACCACAGACGAAGGCACUCAAACCAUGGUAUCCGCAGAGCAAAUCGACCGGCUACUUUUGGCGAGAAACCAACGACACUCUGGUACUAUCGCAACAGCGGGCGUAGACAAGCGCAUGUCACCGCCUGCCUCCCCUAGCAGACGGCUUUCCGGCGAACCUGGUCGCACACCUCGGCGCCCCGGCAGCUCCUCAAGCAUGCGCUCUCGUACAGCGUCUCAACCACCCCUGCCUCCAGACCAUAAGGAAGUCAUUGCUGCAGCUUCGCUCAAAUCGCCGGCCCCAUUGCCGAGCCCGACUACCUCUGGCCCUGCCGUGAUGGGUCCGCCAGCCAUUCCAGCAUCUGCUUAUAAGAAGCGACCGCAGACGCCGACCACCAAGACAGCCAAUGUUCCUCAGAGCCCGAAGACUGGCGGCACGACACCUCGGCCACGAUAUCACUCGCAGACUCGAAGUGGUGCUACGUCUCCGAUCACUCGUCGAUCGUCGGUGUCAUCGUUCAGUUCAGAGAUUGACCAUCGAUUCAAUAUCCCAGGCGCGCCUACUUUCAGCCAAAGUGGAUUGGAUGCCGACGCCACAGACCCGCGGAUGAUCCAAGCCAUCACCCAGACAAUGAUUGGCGAGUUUCUUUGGAAAUACACUCGGAAGGCUGGGCGUGAAGGCAUGUCCGAGAACCGCCAUCGUCGCUUCUUCUGGGUCCAUCCGUACACCCGGACGUUGUACUGGAGUGAGCAGGACCCUGCGAGUGCCGGGAGAGCGCAGUUGAAAGCAAAGAGCGUUGCUAUUGAGGCUGUUCAUGAGAUCUCGGAUGAUAAUCCAUAUCCUCCAGGGCUUCACCGAAAGAGCCUGGUUGUUAUAACUCCUGGUCGCACGAUCAAGUUCACAGCAACGACUAGCCAGCGUCAUGAAACCUGGUUCAACGCACUCCUCUACCUGCUUAAACGGGCAGGCGAGGGCGAAGAGGAACAGAAGUCUGAGGCUGCGGAUGAAAUUCAGAACGAGUUCAACGCCGGCUACAGUAGGAGCACCUCCCGACAGACGGGCCGUUCAAGAGCCUCGCUCUCAUCCUAUGCCAGCCGCCGCGCCUCUUCUCCUCAUCACGCCCAGAUCCCCACGCUCAGGCAAUCGACAGCUAGUGAUAUUACUUCGUACGAGGAACCGAGCAACUCUGCGGCAGAUCUUAGCAGGGAAAUGGUGGAAGCAAAUGCACGGGACUCGGAUCGAAUGGAGAUGGUGAAUGUGAGGGCAUGUUGCGAUGGUAAACAUGACGUCGGUCAUCUCCACCAUACCGCCAAAGGUCGCCAUAACAGCUUCAACGCCAACUCCCGGCCCUCUCUCAUCGGCUCCAUGAGCUCUCGAUCACAUUCCCGCGCAGAGUCACGGAACGAGCAAAUCCGUCACCAGACUGAGCUGGAAGCGGCGAACGCGAGUGCCUGUUAA